UUGCGUCCUCUAAACAUGUCGAUCCUCGUAGUCAUGCAGUUUUUCAUGGUUGCCUCCCUUUGCCUCCCGUGUUCGGCCAACACCAUGCAUGCAGCCACCUUGUCCGCUGCUGAAAUUUCCACAACAAGCGCCACUGACCACCAAGCGCUCAUGUCAUUGAGAUCUAUGAUCAAAGAAGAUCCGUUCCAAGCACUGAAUUCAUGGGAAAACCAGUCAAUCCCUAUGUGCCAAUGGCGCGGAGUGGCCUGUGGCACGCGCGGCCACCGCCGUGGCCGUGUCGUAGCACUGGAUCUUCAUGGGCUCAACCUUCUUGGCACCAUUUCCUCUUCCAUAGGUAAUCUAACUUACCUCAGGCAUUUUGGCCUCCAAGAGAACCGCUUUUAUGGUACCAUACCAACAGAGGUUGGGCAUCUUGUACAACUCAAGUAUCUGAACGUCAGCAGGAACUCCAUCGGCAGGGAGAUCCCGCCGACACUGGCCACUUGUGUUCAGCUUCGAGUUAUUGAUUUGAGGCACAACAUGCAUAAAGGCUCAGUGCCUCAGGAGUUGGCAUCCCUGGAUAAUCUUGAGGUACUGGCUCUUGGGUACAACAACCUUACAGGAAGUAUUCCUGUGGAAAUUGGAAACCUGAAAGCCCUGAAGUAUCUUCAUCUGAGAGCAAACCUGCUAGUAGGAGAAAUACCAGUGGAGGUUGGAAAUCUUAGAAACUUGACCGAUUUAUAUCUUAAUUUCAAUGGUCUGUCAGGUUCUGUUCCUGCAUCUCUUGGAGGCCUCCAGAAAUUGCAGAUUCUGGAUCUAUCGGGAAACCAGCUCUCAGGGCUGAUUCCACCUUCCCUAGGAAACCUCUCAUCUCUACUAGUUCUAGAUGUCCAAAAAAAUGGCCUAACUGGAAGCAUCCCUGAAUCGUUAGGAAAUCUGAAUCUCCUCAACGUCCUUUCUCUCACAUCUAAUAGUUUUACAGGCUCAAUCCCUCACACUCUUGGAAAACUAAGUUCUCUCGUUGAGUUUUAUCUGAAUGGGAAUCAACUCGAGGGUUCUAUACCACCUUCUGUCUAUAAUCUUUCAUCCCUCCAAUAUUUUGUCGUGGAAGUCAACAACCUCAGUGGAUCUGUUUCAGAUGACUUGGGUAAUAAGUUUCCACAACUCAAGCAACUUAGCAUAGGCCAUAAUCAAUUUCAUGGGUCCAUCCCAGAGUCUUUGUGCAAUGCUUCAAUGCUUGAAAUCGUUCAAUUGGGUCACACCUCUCUUUCCGGCGUAAUACCAAAAUGUCUUGGAGCUAUGAAGAGCUUAUUGGUAUUGUUUCUCCAAUCUGGUCAGCUAGAGGCAAGGAAUGACGCUGAUUGGGACUUCAUUUCUAGCCUGACAAAUUGUAGUAUGCUGCAGUACCUAGAUCUAGGCAAUAACAAACUAGAAGGGGUGCUACCAAAUUCAAUAGCAAAUCUUUCCACAAACUUAAUAAUUCUCAGCUUGGCAAACAACAUGCUACGGGGAAAUAUACCUGAAGGAAUUGGAAACCUUGUCAACUUGCAAUACUUGCACUUGGAAGAUAAUUUGCUACAUGGAAAAAUUCCUGAGUCGAUUGGCAACCUUGCAAUCCUGGGUGAACUAUACUUGUCAAACAACAGUUUAUCUGGACCAAUUCCACCAAAACUUGGAAAUCUCACAGCAUUAAACAGACUCGUCCUCGCCCAAAAUGUGCUUACUGGCCCCAUACCAUCCAGCCUUAGAAGCUGUCCAUUGGAGACACUAAGCCUACAAUUCAAUAAGCUUGUUGGUCCUAUACCAAAAGAGAUUUUCCUCAUAUCGACACUAUCUGUGGCCUUGCAACUCCAAGGCAACAUGUUAACUGGGACGUUUUCUCCAGACGUUGGUAAUCUAGUGAGUCUUGGAUAUCUGGAUUUGUCUGGCAACAGGAUAUCUGGCUUAAUUCCUGCUUCUCUAGCUCAGUUUGGAAGUUUGCAGUAUCUCAGUAUGGAAGGAAACCUACUUCAGGGAACAAUUCCAGCAUCAAUGUCACAGAUGAAAGGCCUUCUAGUUCUUGAUGUUUCAAGAAACAACUUGUCCGGGGACAUCCCAGUCUUCCUCGCGGACAUGCAUGGGCUCGUUACCCUGAACAUGUCAUUCAACAAUUUUGAGGGUGAAGUUCCAAAACGUGGAUUAUUUCUGAAUGCAAGUGCAGCUCUCAUUGAAGGGAACUAUGGCUUAUGUGGAGGUAUACCACAAUUCAACUUGCAUCUCUGCUCAAAUCAUACACCCAAGAAGUGGUCUCACAAGCUUGUCAUGUUGAUCUCAGUAGGCAGCGCAGUUUUUUGCAUCAUCUUAGUACUAUUUGCACUAUUUGCACGACGGAAAUUGAGAACCAAAUUUACAAAGACAAGACAGGUUCCAUCACUCCAUAGUGGACAGCAUAUGAGGGUUACCUAUGCUGAAUUAGUGAGAGCAACAAGUGGUUUUGCUUCUGAGAGCCUCGUAGGCAGAGGAAGCUUCGGCUCUGUGUACAAAGGAACAAUGAUGAAUGGAGAUCAGGAAGUGAUUGUCGCUGUGAAGGUGCUCAACCUCCAGCAGCGAGGGGCAUCUCAAAGCUUUGUUGCUGAAUGUGAGACUUUAAGAUGCAUCAGACAUCGAAACCUUGUGAAGAUAUUGACUGUCUGCUCAAGUAUUGAUUUCAGGGGUCUAGACUUCAAAGCUCUCAUAUUUGAGUUCAUGCCAAAUGGAAAUCUUGAUCAAUGGCUACACAGCCGUCUCCUGGAAGAUGGGAGCCAUGGGGUGCUCAGUCUCACCCAAAGGAUAGACAUUGCCAUUGAUGUAGCUUCAGCACUCGAAUACCUUCACCACAAUAAGCCAGUGCCAAUAGUUCAUUGUGAUCUUAAGCCAAGCAAUAUUCUCCUCGAUAAUGACAAGGUUGCCCAUGUGGGUGACUUUGGACUUGCAAGGUUCUUGCACCAGGAUGAUACUAGCCUCCCAGAGAUAUCAAGUGGCUGGGCUACAAGAAUGGGAACAAUUGGAUAUGCUGCCCCAGGUUUGCCAUUAACCACUGAUGUUCAUCUUUUAUGUACCAAUUUCUCAUUCGAAACUAAUUUCACAUACAUUUCUUUUCCAGAGUACGGUCAAGGAAAUGAAGCCUCGGUCUAUGGUGAUACCUAUAGCUACGGAAUACUGUUGUUAGAGUUGCUCACUGGUAAAAGGCCAACUGAUGGUGAGUUUCUGCAAGAUCUAAACUUACAUAGCUACGUCGAGAUAGCACUUAGAGACCAAGCCACCAACCUGGUCGAUCUGUGCUUAUUAUCUUCACUGGAGGAAGGGACAAAAAUGCGAGCUGCAUGCAUCAAUUCAGUUCUGCACAUUGGGAUAUUAUGUUCGAAGGAACUGCCAACUGAUCGCAUGCAGAUUGGGGAUGCUACGAGAGAGCUACUGGCGAUCAGAGAUAAGUAUCGCAUGCACCUAUUGAGUAAAGGUGGGUCCAUCUAAAUGCUUGAUGGCGCUCGCUUCAUUGUGAUCAGUAUUCAUCAUAGUACAUCAAAACAGAAGGUGGUGCAAGCUUUGUUGCUGCAAUUCACUAGCCAACUAAUAUGCAUGCCUUCUGAAUGGAAUUUCAACAUGAUAUGGUAAUGGUUUGUGAAGGAUGGGAGCCGCACAAUGCAAUGUAUCUAAGUCAUCGGGCCACCAAAAUUUCUAGUUAGAACUUAUAGUGUAAUUGGGAUCUUCUUUAUGUUAAUAUAUUUAUUAUCGAGAAAAACACAUCAUGUUUUCUCCGUUCCUAUCUUGAGGCAAAUUUUUGGUAGUUACUGGAGAAGUAAGAAUAUUGUGUUAUCAUUGAAGGGAGACUUGAAAUUUGUUUUGAAAUUUUGAUGUUGUAGCUGGAUUUUAAGUAUCAGAAAUUCUAGUUUCAGAACACCCAAUGUGUUGUAUCACUAGGCAGACGCUCCGACCUCGCCGCAUCACACACACU